AUGUAUAUGGCUUACGAGUUCCAACAACGAAGUCCUGGAAAUACAGACGAUCGGCGUCCUGCACAAAGAAAUAUACUAGAACAAUAUAAAGAAGCAGUUGUUCGUAUGACCAUUUCAGUAAGAAGUUAUUUGAAAGAAAUUGAUAAUACGACAUAUAAAAAAUCAGAAGACUGUGACCCGAAGAAAUGGGCUGAAGGUUUGAUAUUCAAUGCAGAAUACUUGAGAGAUUCAAAACCAGAAACAGAAUGCGACGGUACACAAGUAUUUUGGAAUCCUUCAACUUUGUCAGAUGGCGUCAUAUACAGCUUAAACUGUCCACUUAUUUUUGACAGUGAUUAUACCGGAGAUAGCAGUUGUCAACAUUUUUCAAAUAACGAUUUUACGAAAGCCAAAAAUACAAAUUGGAGAUCAGCAUGUACUAUCGGAGUUAAUUCAAGAUUAGGACAAUUAUGUGCUUGCGAUAAACAAGUCGACCAAGAUACUAGUAUACGAACAAUAAGUUUAAGAGAACAUUACACUAAUAGUGCUGAUAAUCGAGUAGUCACCGGGAUACGAUUUAUUGUUAAAAAUAAUAUCGUUGCGAUACGAAUUCGAGAAGGUAGAUUAGUCAAUGGUACUAUAGACCCCCAAACCGUUAAAUGGAUAGAUGAUGAUGGACGGCAUCCUGAAAUAGGUCCUGAUACAAUUAAACUCAGUUAUGAUACACGAGCGUUUGAAUUAGAUGACAUAGAAUUGCCUGAUGAGCACUUGGUAACAGGAGUCAAAUUCAUGGUGACAUAUGAAAAGCGGAUAUCAUUAGCAGUAAGAGGAUCAGCUAUGUAUAAUGAUAAAAAAAAAACUUUCCCAUCCAUUCACGAUCAAUGUUAUUAUUCAACACCUGAUCCAGAUAUAGCUAGGCAUAAUAUUGAUAUAAAAUACUCCAAAAAUCCAGCUGAAUUAACUGAACAGUUGCAAGAAUUAAGUACUCCAGGAUCUAAUUACGUUGAUUUCUCAACAUCAGUAUAUUCUUUAAAGGAUGGAAAUGUCGCAAUUGUACCAUUCAUAGAUUCGCGCAAACUUGUUACUGAUCCACCAAUCGCUCUAGGUGGAUUAGAAAUAUUUUACAAAAGUAAACCUGGCUACGGUGGAUUUAUAGCAUUUAAGUAUAUCACAGCCAAAUAUAAUAUUCUUCUUGACAGAGAUCAUGAUCAAGCUAUGAAUGCUACUUUAUCAGACAAACUAAAAUAUUUAGAAUAA